AUGUAUUCUACCAUGCAGCCAAUCAAGUUGUUUCUCAACCGGAGGUUCAAUCGAUCUGUCUCCUGUGCGACCGAUAGUCGUCCGUCAAUUGACUCGUUUGACUCGAACGAGUAUGUCAUCCAACUACCCGUGAGCCUCAUCCCCAAGUUGGCGUCGCAAUCUGUGACACCGCAAGCAGGCAGUUUACAGCGCGCCCAAAUGAUGGAUGAAGAGGACUGUGCUUGGGGACGACCAAGUAAGAAGAACCAAGGAAGACGCCAUUGA